UUGAAAUAAACUCAAUAUAAUAGUUAAGCAAUAACAAUAGGGACAUCCUCCUCUUGUCAAGAUAAAGAAGCACAGUUCUCCAUCAAAGAAGCGAGGCUGUCACACAGAGUAAGGCUCGAGAAGCAGUGAAAUAAUCACCAGUCAUAUGUUAAGAUAAACUCCAUCAAAUUCCCAGCUCCACAGAUCAUCUAUGAAUAGUCUCUCGAUACACUGGAUUGCACUUGCCGUGUGCAUAGCUCUCCUAGUGACUGCCAUACCGUCUGUAUAUACGUUGGACAAUGGAGACUCCUCGUUAGAAGCAGCUGAAGUUCUGCCGAGUGUCUUCCUUGCUAUUCUGGCUAGAAAUUCAGCUCACAUGCUACCCAACUUUUUCGGUUAUCUAGAGAACUUGGACUAUCCUAAAGACAGGAUUUCAUUGUGGAUCAGAACAGACCAUAACGGUGACAACACCACGGCAAUACUUGCUGAGUGGGCAGAAAACGUUAAGCUCGUGUACAAAUCUGUGGACUUGAAGUCAUCAGACGAGUGGCUGUAUCCGAACAUUGACCCUUUCGAGGAGCAUGAUGAGAGGUUCAUCCAUGUUGCCCAGCUGAGACAGGAAGGUCUGGAGGCGGCCAGGCGUUCAGGGGCAGACUACCUCUUUCGGCUAGACUGUGACAACUUUCUGGUGAACAACAGGACACUACGGAUUCUGAUGGAUCAGCAAAGGGCAAUAGUGGCUCCGAUGCUAAAGUCGGGCAAGGAUGCUGCUUACUCCAACUUCUGGUGUGGAAUAGACAGCCGGGGCUACUACAAACGUACCCCUGACUAUAUCCCUAUCCUCCAAGGGACGCAGGUGGGCUGUAUCCCAGUCCCUGUGGUUCACUCCGCCCUCCUCGUUGACCUGAGGUGGGCGGGGUCAGAGAGGCUCCAACACUGGCCGGCACUGGACGGGUUCACUGGACCCAUGGAUAAGGUCACACACUUGGCAUACUCGGCAAAAAUGGCAGAUCUGCCUAUGCACAUUCUGAACACCGAGGUGUUUGGGUUCAUGGUCAAACCAGAGGACUAUGAGAGCCUGGACCACGCUGCUCAGGACUUCCUCAACUUUAAGCUGGAAAACCUUGUGGACCACCCCCCUAUACUGUACAGUCAGUACAUCUCCAGACCACCCCCUGUCAAGAACAACUUGGGGUUGGACGCGGUGUUUAUGAUUGGGCUAGUACGGAGGCCAGAAAGAAGGAACCGGAUGAUUUUAAGCCUGGACGAGCUCAACUUCAACUACACCCUCUUUGAUGCUGUCGAUGGAAGACAGUUGAAUCAGAGCUACCUGGACAGUCUGGGCAUCAAGUACCUACCCGGCUGGAAGGACCCUUGGGGAGAACGACCUAUGACCUUUGGAGAGUUUGGCUGUUUCCUUAGUCACCACACGAUAUGGCAGCAGAUGAUGACGGAGGGUCUGGAUCAAAUCCUGAUUCUGGAGGAUGAUGUCGUGUUUGAGCCCUACUUCCGACAUGACCUCACUAGAGUGCUGGAAGAGGCCAAUCGGAUCACACCAAACUGGGACCUCAUUGGACCACCCCCUAUACUGUACAGUCAGUACAUCUCCAGACCACCCCCUGUCAAGAACAACUUGGGGUUGGACGCGGUGUUCAUGAUUGGGCUAGUACGGAGGCCAGAAAAAAGGAACCGGAUGAUUUUAAGCCUGGACGAGCUCAACUUCAACUACACCCUCUUUGAUGCUGUCGAUGGAAGACAGUUGAAUCAGAGCUACCUGGACAGUCUGAGCAUCAAGUACCUAUCCGGCUGGAAGAACCCUUGGGGAGAACGACCUAUGACCUUUGGAGAGGUCGGCUGUUUCCUUAGUCACCACACGAUAUGGCAGCAGCUGUGUCAUGUGAUCAUCAUGCUGUCAUCUCUUAUCUACUGCAAGUGGCCAAAGCAAGAACAGACAUUGCAAAUUGUGAUGGCAACCUACCUCAAAAUAUAAUUAUGUGACUAUCAACAACUUUUUAAUUGAAGAAUCUACUUUUGUUAUUAAUUUUGCACAUUUCCCAUGCACUUAUUUGACCCCAUUUUUACAUGAUUAAAG